UCUGGGUAUUAUGGGGGUUUAGAGAGUAUAAAAGUCUGCACGUCUCAAACUGUCAGCACAGACCUGCGAGACUCACAGGUUGAUUCACAGACAAGACUGCCUUCGUCAUCAUCAUCAUCAUCAUCAUCAUCAUCACUGCCAUUACCAUGAACACUUUGGUUCUGCUGUGUCUUUUUUGUAUCAGCUUUAGUCACGGAGCUCCAGCUGAUGAAGCUGUUGAGCCUGUUAAUGACCAGCAACCGGACCCUGCUCCAGCUGAAUUUGAGCCUGUAGUUGGAGACGCAGCUGAAGUUGCAGAUAUAGCUACUUUUGUCCAGUGUCCUACUGGUUGGUUCAGGCACGGCUCCCGCUGUUUUCUGCUGGUCAAGUCUCGGAUGUCCUGGCUCAACGCAGAGAACCACUGUGUCAGUCAGCAGGGCAGUCUAGCAUCUGUCCAGAGUCCAGCUGAGUAUCAGUUCCUGCAGAAUCUGGCUGACCUCGGAGGUCAGACAUCUGCAUGGAUUGGUGCAUUCAACUUCCAGAACACAUGGAUGUGGAUUGACAGAGCAGGAUUCUACUACAGUAACUGGCAGUCACUGAGCAGCGUGUCCAGCAACCCCUGCGCUUACCUGCAGACACAAGCUGGAUGGGCAAACACGAACUGUGCAACCACACUAACAUUUUUCUGUGUCAGGAUCCCACAGUGCUAAACAACCUACGCUAAAAAUGAAACUUUUAGCGUUAAAUUUUUUACUGAGGUAGAAUGAACUCAACAAUGGCUUCUUCCCAUGUUUCUAUGACAGAAAACCUAAAUGUUAUUUAAAGGUGUACAACAACAAUCUAAAGUACUUUCUCAGAUAACACAGAACACACACACACACACAUUUUCUAAGCCGCUUCUCCCUCAGGGUCGUGGGGGGGUGAUGGAGCCUAUCCCAGCGGUCAAUGGGCGGAAGGCAGGAUACGCCCUGGACAGGUCACCAGUCCAUCGCAGGACUAACGCAGAACAAUAUUAUGCAAUUCUGAACUGCAUUGAUAAUUAUGGCUAUGUCUGUGUUAUUGUCAGUAUUUUAAUACUGUGUACCUGGGUAGUCUUUGUUUUUAAUAAAUUUCUUCAGUAUGCACUCAA